ACAUACGGCUGCACACGAUCACUGAGAGCACCACAACACAGCAGCGUAGGUCUGCGGGAGAGAAUUUGUUCAUUCACUGUCUAUCACUGCCAUGCCGCGAAACCACUACCGAGCCAAUCCGACCUCACAUCGACUGAAAGCAACUCUUUCGUGAACAAAGGGCUGACCUCUGGUCAGCAUCUGGCACGGAGGGCUCUCGCCAAGAAGUGGUCCCUAAGAGGCCGACUGGAUUCCUCGUCCAGCCGGUCUCCGUACAGCCUGCCGAACGAAAAGUGACGAUACCGAUCCCAUCUGGAUUUACGGAACCGAACAUCCCCUGCACACAACACAGGCCGCGAUCCGGCCAACGCCUCGAACUCAUCACUGAUGUAUAUACAACAUCAUGGGGUCAAAAAAACAUGUCCUGAAGGGCACUUUCCAACCCCAAAAUAACUUGAAGCCGGAGGGUGGCUUCAUGGGGAGAUUUAGAGACGUGGGCCACAGCGUGGCUCGGUUUCUACCAAAGUUCAAGGACGACUCCGAUGAUAUGGGCGCAGAAAACGCACCAGAGGUCAACUCGACACAGAAACCUCAUCGGAGUGGACUUGUGUCCCAAAAGGCUACGAGCUCAAGACCUGGCGACAAACGACGACAGUCCCCAGAGAUUGACGAGCUGGCCGAGGACGAGAAGCACCACGCGAAGAGACAACGCCGUUCCAACGACCUAAAGACACCGCCCAGAGUUGAUAUUGCAGCACUUGAAAGCCGGCGGACCGUCGCCAUCGCCAAGCGUGAUGUGGAAGAGGUACAAAGGAUCACGGACCAGCUCGAGGGCAAUCGGUUGUCUUCCCGAACCUAUCAACAAUCCUCAAAACAGCCUCCCGAAGCUAUAGACAGCGACGACGAGCUUAACGCAUCCCCAACAAAGGAACUCGACGCCUCGGGUAGCUCACGUCCGUCGCUCAAUGGUCAAGUCUCGCCCUCGAACCGGAAAACUCCAAAGGGAGAUAUACAUAAGACGAAAUUUAAAGAGAGGCAAGAAAGUCAAGAUGAGGAGGUCACUCUUUCUCGUGCCGUGUCAGGCAGGGUUCGCUUUGAUGCCAAGCAAUGCGGUCAAACAAUUCGGCUAAGAUUGAACAAAAAAGACACCUUCAGUCUAGUACCAGUCAACAAAGCAGGCGAAAAGCUGGCCAUGCAGUGGCUGACACUGACGCUGCGAGACUGCCAUAAGAUAAAGUUCUCAAAGGAGUCACAGCAUCUUGUCUUUUUCCGGUCGUCCACGUCGAUAACAUCGCCGAAGUUGUGUAUCGAAAUUCCGUCCAUUUCGGAUGUCAUUGCAAUCAUUCGUUGGAUUUUUAGCGCCAUUGCUACAGGAGCCCAGGAUCUGAAGUUUGUAAAACUCGAGCAACCACCACGUGAAACGCUUCAAAAAGUCUUCGAAAACCUCUACCAGAGCGCCCCAGAACAGGAUAGACGCCGAGGUCUUGAUCCUCGACUCUGCCGACAAGGCAGGGGAUCUUCACCGGCGUCGCCCGAGACCGCAGAAACCACUAGGCGUAUAUCUCUUAGAGAUCGAAUGAAAGUUGCCUCCAACUCGCCACCAGAUGUCGAUAAAUCACAACUUCGCCGCAGAAGCCCCCGAAGUAAUCAACUGGAGCGUCGCACAAGUGACGACAUGGAAACGUUGUCUGCAAUGAAUUUCUUCAACAAUCAAUGGAUCAAAAACUAUCCAGAUUGGGACAAGAUCUGGGAAGACAAGCCACUGAUCUAUCCCGCCAGUGGCAAGAAUCGCGCCCAAAUCAUCAAGGAUGAUAUUUUUAGGCUCGAAGAACACCAGUGUCUGAACGACAACCUCAUCGUCUUCUACCUCAGAUACCUUCAGGAUCAGCUGGAAACCGAGAAUGCGGGAUGGUCGGAACGAAUCUUGUUCAUGAAUCCUUGGUUUUACGAGAGAUUGGGCCAACAAAAGGGUCGAGGUGUCGACUAUGACGCCGUCAAGUCAUGGACUGCCAAGAUCGACUUGCUGUCCAAAGACUACAUCAUUGUUCCAGUAAACGAAGCAGCGCACUGGUAUCUGGCCAUCAUCUGCCAUCCUGGUAAACUCCUUCCAGCGACGGUGACGGAUGACAAGAAGACAACUGUCACGAAUGUUGACGAGGAGGACAUGCCUCAGCCGGAAAGCCCGAUACAGUCAACUUCAGAUCCAGCUGUUGAUGUGCAAGAUGACAGUGAAACAGAUGUUCGGAUUGUCUCUGACAUUGCUUCUGGCAAGUCUCCCAAGUUGUUCAAGGAAAUUACCUCGGGCAAGGAGCAAACCCGGAAGCUCGAUGGUGGGGGAAAACGUCCAGCGGAACCCGGCGACGCUAGAAUCAUCACUCUGGACUCCAUGGGGAAUACCCACUCACGUACUUGCACCAACCUCAAGGACUACCUAGUGCAGGAGAUCAAGCACAAACGUCAAAUCGACGUCGAGACCCCGCCUCGUUUUGGUUGGACCGCCAGAGGAAUUCCCGAGCAAAGCGAUUUCAGCAGCUGCGGUAUCUACCUCCUUGCGUAUGUCGAAAGGUUCCUGAAGCAACCAGAUCAGGUCAUCAGCGACAUCGUCUAUAAGAAAGACCUCGGAUGGUCAGACAUCGACCCUGUCGCCAUGCGUGGCAAUAUCCGAGAGCUUAUAAUAAGGCUACGACAAGAACAGAACGUCCAGCGCGACAAGGAAAAACAGGCCAAGCAAGACGCCAAAGCGCUUAAGCUGGCGCAAAAGAAAAUGGACAUUCCAGCCGUGGAUUCGUCACCGGCACACGCUGCUCAAACACCUGGUACGACCAAUCCACGCAAGCCAGUCCAGGAAAUCCAAGUUUCGAGUUCUGACCCUCCGUCUAGUGGAAAAACCGGCAAUUUCACCGCCGCAAACCCCCAAGAUGGCCGGUGCCCGUCAAAUCAGAACCUUGGUUCCUCGCCAAAACCCGUUCGGUCGCCUCCCCAAUCAAACCAGGCACUGAUAGCAUUGCCUCGUAGAUCGCCGAAGGUGGACCCUUUGGUAGAUUCUUCGGACAUCGAGCGCCUGGUCAGUAGACACGACAAUCCAUUGGUCCCGCCAAUUUUAUCUAGCAGUUCUCCAGAACCAGGGACGCCUAAGCGGAAAGAGCCACAUGACGAAUUGACUCUGUCGGAGGCUGACCCACCUGCACCUCGCCGUCAGUUUCGUAAUCCAAAAAAGCGAUACGACGGGGUGACUGCUUUUAAGCGCAGCAGCUGGUCGUAUAUGAGCAUGUCUGGUGACCAUGAUGAACGACACGAAUCGCCCGAGAAACAGCAGACGAAGCAUGCAGAACGAGAAAACAGGCAGGCCAUUGUUGUGGUCGAUGAAAGUCCACAAAGCGAGAAAACAUCGGGAAAGAGAACGACGAGUCCCCACUUUACACUCAGCCCCAGCGUGGGACGUCAAAGUCAACGCGGACUAGUAACACGAAACACCCCUUCUCGAGAUGACCGAGGCAAGAUGGUUGUCUAUGGGGGCACUGGACGCCGGGCGGCCAAAGGCGACAAUAACAUCGAUCUGACGGGUGCGGAUUACAGCGAAUAUCCUUAUGCAUGAUACCCCGGCGUGGGCAGGACUUUGAUUUCCAUUUUGGCCGAAGUACAGUGACUGGGCACGACGAGAGACUACAUACCGCGUGUGAUGAAAUCACGGGCAGGCGUUUGGACUUUGCAUUGCGACUUGCUGUAAUUGUCUUUUGGCUCCCACGGGUGAGAGUAUUGAUCAACCCGGGCUGGUUUGACUCCUGACAUAUUAGGUAGACGGCCGAGCACACUGUGUGAGGGGUUCUCUGAACCCAAUGCCAAACGAUCAGUUC